AUGUUAGCUCACUUUCACGAUGUGGAGCACAAGGAAAAUUAUCAAGAACUCUUUCAGAACCUUCUCGUUGAAAAGGAUAUCCAGACAGACAAAGUCACUCCAAACCAAUAUUUUAUGUUGCAUUUUAAUCGCUCCUCUGAUCAGAAGAUUGCAGAAUCUGCACUUAUCAAUAUGAUCAAUAAUGAUAUCAGAAAAUUCUACAGCACUUAUGCCUCCCAUUUAGGAGGCAUAACAAGCAAGAAGUUGAUCAAGAAACUAAUUGAUCCGAAUGAUAGCAUCUCUAGUCCUGAAAACUGUAUCUAUUUCUUGGUCGAUGAGUACGAUUCCUUUAGUAGUGAAUAUCUGGAUCCCGAUGAUUAUAAUGCUUGGAAUACUCUUUGCCGGAAUCAGCUAUCAUUGCUUAAAGUUUUGAGCUUGCCUUCAAUAUCACAACGAAUGUCUCGAAUGAACCAGAACUCUGUGCUCUACGGACUUAGCCGUCAAGAUGUGUUCGCUGCUCUGCGGCUGCCUGACGUGUGCAACUCGGAGGAUCCGCAUGUCUUCAGCACAAAUAACUGCUUUGAAUAUCUUCAGGUGAAUGCUGGCGCUGCAGGAAAGCUGAUUAAUCCAUGUCAACCUUACAAUUCCGAAGCUUCUGAGCGAGUGCUCCAGGUGCUCACUGCCUCACCUAUCACAAUCAGCAUUCUCGAGCAGGCUUCCAACAAUUAUUCAACAUCAGAUGUUGACUUUUGGCGUGUUCCAAUCCCAUGUAAGACUCUUCGGAACGAGUUCUGUCUUUUCAACUUGGUACAAACAGUGUGCAAUUAA